AUGCAUAUUCAUUUCAUCCGAAUGCCACGCAGACUCAAAGCCUUGCAUAUCCGGCAGGUUUCUUAUUUGCCUCUCCCAAACAACAGCAGUCAAAGUCCGUACAACGAAGGCAUCCUUUUUAAAUCCUCCCGUGAAACAACGACCUUCUCACAAAGUCAAACCUUGGCUGCAUCAAAAAAGCUCAGUUCAUUCACCUUACCAGCAGGAAACUACGAAUUCGCGUUCGAAAUCCCUUUGAAAGGAAAGUUCAUCGAGACCAUAACGGGUCCAAACCAUGACUAUCACUCUUAUCAAGUUUAUGGAGUCAUUGAGAGAAACUGGAGUAAGGACUUCAUCGUAUCGCAACCGAUAAGGAUCUAUAAGUCUUUUGAAUUGGAACAGGAUGAUAUUUGGCUCCCAACCCCUGCUUUAAUCGAGAACCAAUGGCAUGAAAAAGUCCAAUACACUGUCUCCAUUCCUGACGUCAAUAUCCCUUUCGGAUCGACCUUUCCCGUGGAAUUUUGGAUGGCUCCGAUGGCAAAGGGUCUCAAACUGGGCGCAAUCACAAUCGAGGUUCGAGAGAAACAUAACCUUAAAAUAGCUGCUUCGGCGGCAUAUUCAGCACACUGCGGCGUGAACUUCUUUACCUCAGCGGAGGAAUACACUAUUUUCAGUGAACGAUAUGAUGCAGGCAAUUAUGUGAUGUUGGGGUCGGAACUUCUUAAUGUUGAAUGGCGGGUAGAGAAAACCGUCUGUUUGCCACGAGGGUUUGAGGCUUGUACACAGAGCGUGGAUUCGAAGAAUAUCAAUAUAUGCCAUAUGUUGGCGUUUACAAUUGAAUUGCACAAUGAAAAUGGGAGCUUAUCAAAGAUCCAAGGAACCUUCCCAAUAAAUAUUUUCAUGUCACCACGCACCAUUAGCAAGAAUGCAGUCGUCCACAUUCUCGACCUUCAGCAAUUUCAAGCAGACAGGAACGCCGGUCCUCCUUUAUAUGGCAACCAUAUAGCCGAUCUACUGCUAUCUGAAAAUCCACAUACUUACGAAUAUCACGCCGGGGGCCCAACGAUCACGCCACUUGAUACAUCGUCCGUCGAAUAUAGAGAACUCUGCUCUGUACCCAGUUACGAGACAGCCAUGAAUACGACGCGGGCUAUCUAG